AUGAUACACGUUCCUCGCCAAGUGAGUAUCUGCCAAAUCUGUGGACAACUUGCGAAUGGAAAUCACUUCGGAGUGAUCAGUUGUCGGGCUUGUGCAGCGUUUUUCAGAAGAGCCAACUUGGAGACUGACACAUAUUGUGUGCUAGGAAACUGCCAAAUUCACAAAAAUGGACGGUUCUAUUGUAAAAAAUGUCGAUUGAGAAAGUGUCUGGAAAUGGGAAUGGAUGUUAACAAAUUUCAACACGACCGUGACCUAAUCUCCACAUCCACGUCUUCACCCGAAAGUUCUGAUUCUUCUGGACCCAUAAUGAAAGUAAAGAAACGAAAAACUCAAGGAAUUCCUGUUAGCCUUGCCUCGUUUUUGGGCCGCCCUGCAUUUAUUUUGAGCUGUGAACCAGAGAGAGCGUGUCGAGUGAAGACUGUGAUUGAUGUGACUUUUCUGAUAAAUCAAGCCAUGGAUAUUUUGAAAAAUGGAGAUACGAAAAGAUAUUUUGGAAGGGAUAGUCUGGAGAAUAUGUCAUUGAAACUGCAGGAAUUGAAGAAAACGAAAACGAAUCUGAAACUUCUGAAAGUGUUGGGACUCAAGGAGACCAUGUUUUUCUGGGAGCAAAGUUUUCUCUCUACUGCCACGUGGCUGACUCAUUUUGAAGAAUUUCAGCAGCUUCCUUUGAGUGUUAAGAUGCAAAUCCUGAAAGUCUCUUGGAUAUUAUGGGCUCGAUUGGAUAAACUAUCGAGAACUGCCGAUGAGAGACGAAGGAAAAGAUUCGGGGACUCAGUUUAUAUGAUUGGAGAGGAUGUGUUUCUAGAUGUCAAAGAUUUUGAAGUUGAUGUUUCCUGGUGUACAAACUACAGUAAGGAGCAGUUGGUCUAUUAUUUGGACUGCCAUCAUGACGAAUACUUUAAUAAAAUUGUGGAUUUGCUUAUUGAUCUGCAUCCACGAGACAUUGAACUCAGCUAUAUGCUCAUUGAGAUUUGUCUUCAUUAUGCUGGAAAGAAACAUCAAGGAGAUGUGCUGAAAUUUACAGACAAGUUGAUGGAAGUCAUUUCUGAUAAUUUGCAUAAUUACUAUCAAUCUGAGCGGAUAUCGAAUUACUCUUCAAGACUGGCUAAAAUGAUGAAAAUCGAUAAUUUGAUCAGAAGGAAUUUGUUCGAAAGAUUGGAAAAGCAAGAAGUUGCGAAAGUAUUCAAUAUCAUGUCUGUACAUUUUUCACAUCCAGAUAUGUUUUGUGAUUCUGGAUUCUAA